AUGGUAAAAAUGCCUAUUGAGUUGAUCUUAUUCCCAGUUAUGAGACCUUUGGUUCAAGCCAAAGCGGUACUCUUUCAUCCUCAUCGUAGAGCUUCGCGUUAUGUUCCAACCAUCAUCGAACUUGACGAACAAAAGACUAACCAAUAUGUUGUACUUAAACGUUUUGGAAGUGGCUCCAAGAUCUUUGAUGUCUAUGAUACCAAUCAUGGACAAAUGCCCAUUGGACCGAAGAACCCCGGUGAUAAGCUUUUCUGGUUUCUUAGAUCUCGUGCUGUUAAAGGUGCUUAUAGAAUGUAUUCCAGUAGUAUUACUGGAACAGGACCAAAUGGUGAAGAUGAACCAGUUGCUGAUGUUAGAGCCGGUUUACGUUCUAAUGUACUAUUGAUAAGAGCUCCCACUAUUCCAGCUGCUGAACUUGGAUGGCAUAUUAUUAACCAUAGAGUUGAUGCUAAUGAUAGUUAUCGGAUGUUUACUAUGGCCGAUGGAUACACUUAUCAAUGGACAUCUAAAGGAAGAUGGUUGGAGAAAGUCCAUAAUGUUGGAGAAAAAGAAUCUGAAGUUAGAGAAAGAAUUGGGAGAGUUAUUCCCAAUGGUGUUAAUGGGUUCACUCUUGUGAUAGAUGAGUCCAAGAUUUGUCGUGAAAUGGCUUUAUCUAGUGCUUUGUGCUCUCACAUUGAUCACUGGAACACCAGUAUAGAAGUUGGUGGGAUUUACUAUGCCAAACAGCCAGGACAAGUUCGUUGGAAAAGAGAUUAA